AUGUGCUCGUGGACAGACAAGCAACAGCACGUCCCCAGGCCGUUGUCCUCUGUGUCACCUUAUGCAGUGCUAAUUUUGGGACUCGUUAUCGUUGCCCUUUUUUUUCGUGGGAAAAAGUCCAAGCUACGAGUCUACAACCCAAAAAAGUGGUGGGAGCUCACAAACAUGAGGUCCAGGCGGGAGUUUGAUACUCAUGGCCCAAACUGGAUCGAAGCUUGGUUCUCACAGAACGAUGAACCUAUCCGCUUCGUUGUCGACUCAGGAUACUGUUCCAUUCUUCCAUCUUCUAUGGCUGACGAGUUCCGGAAAAUGAAAGAACUGUGCAUGUACAAGUUUUUGGCAACCGACUUUCACUCUCAUCUACCCGGUUUUGAUGGGUUUAAAGAGGUUACCCGGGAUGCACAUCUUGCCACCAAGGUUGUUUUGGGCCAAUUCCAAACACAAGCCAAUAAAUACACAGUACCACUGUCAGCCAAAGCCAAAACUGCCGUCUCAGAUGUGAUGGGUGACAACACAGAAUGGCACUCGGCACAUUUCUAUAACCAGGGAUUGGACUUGAUCGUACGCACAGUCGAAUUUAUCAUGGUGGGGGAGGAGCUGAGCAGCAAUCCAGAGUGGUUAGACAUUUCAAAGAACCAUGCCUUGACGAUGGCUGUUCACGCUCGCCAGCUUCGUUUAUGGUCCAAAGCGCUGCGACCUGUCGUCCAUUACCUCAGCCCCCUAGGCAAGAAGCUUCGCGGUCAAGUGGAGAAAACACGUAGCCUCCUCGAGCCUGUUAUACAGAAACGACGCACCGAGAGAGCAGCAUGUUUGGAAAAGGGUGUGGACCCCCCGAUUUAUGUUGAUUCGAUACAGUGGUUCGAAGAAGCGGCCAAUGGCGAUUGGUACGACGCCGCCGGCGCUCAACUCGCCAUGCACUUUGCCGGUAUCUAUGCUACGUCAGAUCUUCUCAUUGGCUCUCUUGUAGAUAUUUUCAGACACACGGAUCUAAUUGAGCCCUUGCGCCAGGAGAUUCGCGCCUGCAUCGCAAAAGGGGGCUGGACACCCGCCUCUUUGUACAAGAUGAAGCUCCUCGACAGCUGUAUGAAGGAGACGCAGCGCAUCAAGCCAGUCGAGUGCGCCACCAUGCGCAGCUACGCUCUUCGGGACGUUACUUUCUCCAACGGCACUUUCAUCCCUGAAGGCGAGCUUGUGGCUGUGGCAGCAGAUCGUAUGAAUAACCCCAAGGUUUGGGAAGAGCCGGAAAAGUACGACCCCUACAGGUUUAUGCGAAUGCGCGAAGACCCAGAAAAAGCCGCAAGCGCCCAGUUAGAGAAUACUAGCGUUGACCACGUUGGGUUUGGUUGGAACCCGCGGGCCUGCCCCGGCCGUUUCUUUGCUGCGAAAGAGGUCAAAAUCUUGCUAGCUCAUCUGUUGAUUCAGUAUGACUUCAAGCCUGUGCCUGGGGACGAUCUUGAGCUUUUCCGCCACUCCUUCAGUGUCCGAAUCCACCCUACUACAAGGCUCAUGGUGCGACGGCGUGAUGAGGAACUCCAUGUCCCUGGUGAUUUGUAG